AUGAGUCGUGUUUCCUAUCGAUCAUCUUCUGGAGGAGCUAACAGAGGCUUUACCUCUGGCUCUGCAAUUGUUGGUGGUGGUGGCGGUGGGAGAACUGGUUUCAGCUCCUACUCUGUCUCUCGAAUUGGAGGAGCAAGAGGUGGAGGGGGUAGCAGCUAUGGACUUGGUGGAUUUGGCAGCCGAAGCCUGCACAACAUGGGUGGAAGCAAACAAAUUGCCUAUAGUACCAUUUCUGGAGGUCUAAGAUCUGGUGGUUAUGGUGGAGGAUAUGGCAUUGGUGGUGGAGGAGCUGAUUUUGGUUAUGGUAUGGGUGCAGGUGGAGCUGGCUAUGGCAUGGGUGGAGGUCCUGGGGGCUUUCUGGUAGGUGGACCAGGUUUUGUAAGAGGUGGUCCAGGUUUUCCAGUUUGCCCCCCUGGUGGCAUCCAAGAAGUGACCAUCAACCAGCACCUCUUGCAACCUCUCAACCUUGAGAUUGACCCAGAGAUUCAGCGAGUCCGUUCUCAAGAACGAGAACAGAUCAAGACACUCAACAACAAAUUUGCCUCCUUUAUUGACAAGGUCCGAUUCUUGGAGCAGCAAAACAAAGUCCUUGAGACCAAAUGGGAGCUCUUACAGCGGCAGGGGACUCAGGUUCAGCAACGCAACCUUGAGCUUCUUUUUGAGAACUAUAUUGCCAACCUCCGGAAACGGCUUGACUAUCUAGUAAAUGAACGGGGAAGACUGGACUUGGAACUGAGGAAUAUGCAAGACAUGGUGGAGGACUUUAAGAACAAAUACGAAGAUGAAAUUAACAAACGAACAAGUGCAGAAAAUGAAUUUGUGGUGCUCAAGAAGGAUGUGGAUGGUGCCUACAUGAACAAGAUUGAAAUUAUUAGCAAAUUAGACUCACUGAAUGAUGAAAUUGAGUUCUUGAAAGCACUAUUUGAGCUGGAAUUAUCUCAAAUGCAGCAGCAGGUAUCAGAUACCUCUGUCGUAUUGUCCAUGGACAACAACAGAAGCCUGGAUUUGAACAGCAUAAUUGCUGAGGUCAAGGCGCAGUAUGAAGAUAUUGCCAACAGGAGCCGGACUGAGGCCGAAUCAUGGUAUCAAAGCAAGUAUGAAGAACUACAAGUGUCUGCUGGGCGCCAUAGUGAUGACCUUCGCAACACAAAGACAGAAAUUGCUGAGCUUAAUCGGGUGAUCCAGAGACUGCGAAGUGAAAUCAAUGCCUUCAAGAAACAGUGUGCCAACAUUCAGGCAGCCAUUGCGGAGGCUGAAGAUCGUGGUGAACUUGCCCUCAAAGAUGCUAAGCAAAAGCUGAAUGAAUUGGAGGAAUGUUUACAGAAAACCAAACAAGAACUAGCCCGGCAGCUCAAGGAAUAUCAGGACCUCAUGAAUGUCAAGCUGGCCCUCGACAUUGAGAUCGCCACCUACAGGAAGCUGCUAGAAGGAGAAGAAAUCAGGCUGCAAGAAGGCGUUGGAAAUGUGAGCUAUUCUGUAAUCAGCAAUACUACUACCACCGGAUAUGGUAGUGGAAGCGGCCUUGCGUUGGGAGGAGGAUUCGGCGGAGGAAGUGCUGCCGGACUCGGAGGAGGAUUUGGAGUUGGAAUCGGUGGUGGUGGUGGCGGCGGCGGCGGCUAUGCCAUUAGCUCUGGCAGCAACUAUGGAGGAACUGGCUUUGGUUCAGGGUUCAGCAGCAGAGGUGGGAGCAGUUACAGUAUUGGAGGAGGUCGCCAUUCCUCAGGGGGAGGAGGAAGUUCCAGUGUAAAAAUCAUAUCAAAAACCAGUACAAGCAGGAGAAGUGCCUAUUAAAGUCGGGCCUCCUCCUGAAUGACAAUUUGCAUGACCAUGCUCAUCACGCCUGAUGUGUAAAUAAUGCAAAGGGGGAAAAAUGCGCUUUUCCUCUCUGACACUUUCACCUUUUCCAUACAGGUCUAGCUCUAACAUUAAUCUGGAUAUUUGCAUCCAAAUCCAACACGCUUGAUCUGUUCCUCUAUUGGGACUUGAUCUGUCAUGGCUUAUAGAAGGAAAUGCAACCACAUUGAGUGAGCCGUUUGUACAAUCAUUUAAAGAAGGGGCUCAGAUCAAGAGAGUCUCUUGGUAGAUCAGUGAGAGGGUUGUGAACAUCUAUAGUAUACCAUUUGAACAUUACUGCUACAAUUGGAGCAUCAGCUAUUCAACGAACAGUAGAAAUCUAAUGGGGGCAAAUUCUGCACUAAACCUUUCUCUAACAAAACCUGUUUCUGCAACCUAGCUAUAUUCAACUACGUCAGUAUUUGUAAUUUGUGCAAGAGGCAUUCCAGGUUGCCAGUUAUUGCAGUCCCAGACAUGUGCAAAAUAAAUUGAUUUUAGAGAAGAAAACAUGGAGAAAACCAAUAAUUUUAAACACCUUCUUAGUUUCUUUGAUACAAUGUGUUAGCAUUGAUAUUAAAAAGAUAUAAUGAGGGUUUCUAGACUGGCAAACUUCAUGGACUUGUCUCAUUCCAAACAACAUUUCUGAACUCUUCUCCUUUUUGAGCAUAUUCUUUGGGUUUUCAGAUGGAAUCAGUAUGAAGCUACAAACUAUUUUAACCAUAUACUCUUCUACAGUAAAUUAGCUUUGAGACAUAAAUAAUCUGUUCCCUUGCAAUGCUAUGUUUCCACACACAAUUAUAGUACUCGUUCUCAUUCUUUCUCUCCUUGUCACAAGACCUCUUUUCUUCCUUUCUUUAUUGUGAAAGCAAUAUUGGAAAAGGUGAUUGUUUCUGCUGCAGCUAUUUUAUGAAUUGUAAUGCUUGAUCCUAUGCAAGUCUGCAUGACAAAUAAAGAGCAAUUUUAAUUUUUGAA